ACACUUACUGCGUCAGCAGCCCAUGUGUUUGUGCAAAUUUCUACUGAUAUUGACGGCAUUAAUUAGCCAUAGAUAUCUCUGCUGUUCCUUCCCCAAUCCUUCCUUCACUCUGAUUUUCCCUAUCUCAAGUCACUCUGCUUCUUGACUAAAGCUCUCUCUCAAAGUCCCCAAAUUAGCUGCACCAAACCACCACCCACAUUUCCCCCCUUUCUUUUACAUUCAGGAAGUUUACACAAUCUGUCUGCUCCCUUUCUCCAUCACGCCGAAGCGUGUGUGUGUGUGUAUGUAUGGACUCGUGUUUGUACGCCAAUGUCUGAAGGAAGAAAUCAGUGCAACUUGCUACCAAAGUAAAGAAUUUCUGGUGCGAAAGUUGGGAGUUUUGCGCUCUGGGAGGUUUCCUUCACAGCUCAACUUAGUUGUAUGUAUUUCUAGUUUAUUUACCUUCUGGAUCGAGAAUGGGAGCUUCUUUGUUUUUCCCUUUUUCUUUUCACUUCUUCUGAUACUUUACUUCUCUCGGAAUCCGCAAAUAUUUGUCAUGGCUCAUUAAUGGAGGAGUUGUAACUUAGGGCGUUGGAAUUGUAAGAUUAAUUUAUUGAUCUGCCGUGCCAUUACUAUUGCUAUUGACCCUCUUUUUCUGUUGAUUGUUGUUUGAUUUGUAACCGUAAAAUUCUAGCUCGCUCGAUCAUUCCUGCAUUUGUUGGGGAAAAUGACGGGCCCUAGGAGAAGACAUAUUCGAUUUAGUAGGCUGUAUUCGUUUUCUUGUUUCAAGUCUUCUUACAGAGAUGAACACAGUCAAAUUGGGCAGAAGGGUUUUUCUAGGAUUGUAUAUUGUAAUGAUCCCGACAGCCACGAGCAGCUUGCGCUUAGGUAUCGAAGUAAUUACGUUUCGACUACCAAGUACAAUGCCUUCAAUUUCAUUCCCAAGUCUUUGUUCGAGCAGUUUAGGAGGGUUGCCAAUCUGUAUUUCCUAGUAGUAGCUUGCGUGUCCUUUAGCCCGCUGGCUCCCUUCACUGCUGCCAGCAUUCUUGCACCUUUGAUCGUGGUGAUCGGCGCCACCAUGGCCAAGGAAGGGGUCGAAGAUUGGAGGCGUAGGAAACAGGAUAUAGAAGCAAACAAUAGGAAGGUUAAAGUUUUCGGCAGAGAUCAUCACUUUUAUGAGACGAGAUGGAAGGGACUAAGAGUCGGCGACCUGGUAAAAGUUUACAAGGAUGAAUAUUUCCCUGCAGAUCUUAUGCUUCUUUCUUCUAGCUACGAGGAUGGAAUUUGUUAUGUAGAAACUACGAAUUUGGAUGGAGAAACUAAUCUAAAGGUGAAGCAUGCUUUGGAUAUUACUUCCUCCUUAAACGAGGAUAGCUCGUUUGAGCAAUUUCAGGCUGUUAUCAAGUGCGAGGAUCCGAACGAGGAUCUAUACUCAUUUGUGGGAACCUUGUACUAUGAUGGCAUGUCGUAUCCCCUUUCUCUGGAGCAGUUUUUGUUAAGGGAUUCUAAGCUACGUAAUACAGAUUACGUGUAUGGUGUGGUUGUCUUCACCGGACAUGAUACUAAGGUUAUGGAGAACACGACAGAUCCUCCUUCAAAGAGAAGUAAGAUUGAGAGAAAGUUGGAUAAGAUAAUAUACGUUCUUUUUAGUAUGUUGAUCUCUGUAUCGAUUGUGGGGUCUUUCUUUUUUGGAGUCAUUACUGAGAAUGAUUUACAAGAGGGACUACGGAGGUGGUAUCUCCGGCCGGAUCAUACAACUGUGUUUUACGACCCGCGAAGACCUCUGCUGGCCGCGUUCUUUCAUUUCGUAACUGCGCUUAUGCUGUACGGCUAUUUGAUACCAAUAUCCCUUUAUGUGUCCAUCGAGAUGGUGAAGGUCUUACAGAGUGUAUUCAUCAAUCAAGACAUUGAUAUGUAUUACGAGGAGAUGGACAGGCCUGCGCACGCAAGGACUUCUAACCUUAAUGAGGAGCUUGGUCAGGUUGACACAAUUCUUUCGGAUAAAACUGGCACCCUGACGUGCAACUCGAUGGAUUUUGUGAAAUGCUCGAUUCGUGGAGUUGCAUAUGGUCAUGGAAUGACCGAAGUGGAGAAAGCACUUGCAAAGAGGAAAGGAGAUGCAAUCCUUGACUCGGAGGCUGCAUCUUAUGAUAAUGGCGAUGCCUCAAGGAAGUCAAUAAAAGGUUUCAACUUCAAUGAUACCCGUCUCAUGAAUGGUAAUUGGGUGAACGAACAUAAUGCGGAUAUGAUUCAGAAAUUUUUUAGAGUGUUGGCGCUUUGCCACACGGCAAUUCCUGAGGUGGAUCAAGAAACGGGUGAAAUAACAUAUGAAGCUGAGUCGCCGGAUGAAGCUGCCUUUGUCAUUGCUGCACGGGAGCUCGGGUUUGAAUUCUUUGAAAGGACACAAUCUAACAUUUCUUUGCAUGAAUGGGAUCAUAAGAGCGGUAGAAAAAUCGACAGACCAUAUAGACUUCUUCAUGUGUUGGAGUUUAGUAGUGCCCGGAAAAGAAUGUCUGUGAUUGUUAAGAAUGCUGAGGAUCAAUUGCUGCUCCUUUGUAAGGGUGCGGACAGUUUUAUGUUCGAAAGGCUAGCAAAGGACACAUCAGAUGUUGCAGCUAUAACGAAAGAUCAAAUCAAAAGAUACGCCGAAGCAGGUUUGCGAACUCUUGUGGUUGCAUAUCGUGAACUCACUGAAGACGAGCUCGAAACUUGGGAAGGAGAGUUUCUGAACGCUCGGACAACAGUAACUGCCGAUAGAGAUGCGCUAGUCGAGGCAGCUGCUGAUAAGAUUGAGCGCGACUUAAUUCUGCUUGGUGCAACGGCUGUCGAAGACAAACUACAAAAAGGGGUCCCUGAAUGCAUUGAAAAACUUGGAAGUUCUGGAAUAAAAAUUUGGGUUAUAACGGGUGAUAAAAUGGAAACUGCAAUAAACAUCGGGUAUGCUUGUAGCUUAUUGAGAGAAGACAUGAAGCAAAUUGUGAUAACUUUAGAGUCUUCAGAGAUUAGUGAGCUGGAGAAAGAAGGAGACAAGGAGGCCAUUGCAAAGGCUUCGAGUGCGAGCAUUUCUAAGCAAAUUAGAGAAGGGAGAUUGCAAAUAAGCUCAUCUGAAGGAACCUCUGUUGCAUUCGCUUUGAUAAUAGAUGGGAAGUCGUUGUCGUUUGCUUUGAGCAAAACUCUAGAGAACUCUUUGCUGGAUCUUGCAGUUAAUUGUUCCGCGGUUAUUUGCUGUCGGUCCACGCCUAAACAGAAAGCACUCGUUACAAGAUUGGUUAAAAUGGGCACGGGAAAGACUACGCUGGCGAUCGGCGAUGGAGCCAACGAUGUCGGCAUGCUUCAAGAAGCUGAUAUUGGGAUCGGCAUCAGCGGCGUUGAAGGAAUGCAGGCUGCCAUGUCGAGUGAUUUUUCUAUAGCGCAGUUCCGGUUUCUGGAACGUCUUUUAUUGGUUCACGGCCACUGGUGCUAUCGGAGAAUUUCUAUGAUGAUCUGCUAUUUCUUUUACAAGAACAUUACCUUCGGAUUCACCCUGUUUUGGUUCGAAGCUCGCGCUUCCUUCUCCGGACAACCUGCGUACAACGAGUGGUACCUGGCAUUCUACAACGUGUUCUUCACUUCACUUCCCGUGAUCGCCCUCGGCGUGUUCGACCAGGAUGUCUCGGCGCGACUCUGUCUGAAGUAUCCCCGACUAUACCAAGAAGGCGUGCAAGAUGUUCUCUUCAACUGGCCGCGCAUUCUGGGGUGGAUGCUGAACGGGGUUCUCUGCUCCAUGAUCAUCUUCUUCUUCACGACGAACUCCGUCCUCCACCAGGCGUUCCGUAGAGACGGCCAAGUCCUCGACUACGAAGUACUCGGGGUGAUGAUGUACACGAGCAUUGUCUGGACAGUGAACUGCCAAAUGGCUCUGUCCAUCAACUACUUCACUUGGAUCCAGCACUUCUUCAUCUGGGGCAGCAUCGCCUUCUGGUACAUAUUUCUAAUUAUUUAUGGCGCCAUUUCGCCACGUAUAUCGACAACAGCGUUCCAGGUGCUCGUAGAAGCCUGCGCGCCGAGUCCGUUCUACUGGCUGGCCACCCUUCUUAUUGUCGUAUCCACUCUAUUACCGUACUUUUUAUAUCGCACCGUUCAGACCGAGUUCAGUCCCAUGAUACACGACACGAUUCAGCGGCGGCGGCUCGAAGCAUCGGCCGUGGAAUCUUCUGGAGAGCUGUCUCUCAAGGCAGGUAAAUUGAGGGAAGAAGAUACGUUGCUGAGUAAACAGUAGAGUGAAUAAGUAAAGUCUGUCUGUGUCUCUGUUUGUUUGUAUGCAUGUCUGUAUGUAAGCAAUGGAGACAUAUUUGCUGUAAAGAUGUAUGUAGUGCAAAUGUGCAAUGUUGUUUUUGCAGAUGGGAAAUCAUGGGAUUUCUGUUCAUGACUUUGCUGCUGCACCAACCAUAAUAGACUACACUUAGCACAGAGGCUACAUCAA